AUGUACCCAACGGAAAAUUUGAAACAUGGACCAUUGAAGUUGAACCCGUUCGCGCAAAAAACUUUGGAUCACAACAUUAUGUUGAAAACUAUUCAGAAUCUGUGCUAUAAUAAAACUAACGCGAACCAUUUCAACAUGACGUCGCCGUUUCUCGUUGACAACAUUUUGCACCAGCAGAAAACGGCGAAUUUCCACAAUCAGUACAUAAACCAGCAGAUAGAAAAUUACGUGCUGCAACGUCAAAAUUACGAGCGAUCAAGGGACAACUCGCCGGAGGUUGACGAAACGAAAAUGGCGGACGAAGACGACAACAGACCAGACGAAACGGAGUCCAAAUUGGAAAAUGACGAAGACUCCAAGAGUAGGGACGAGGAAGAUUACAAUAACGUUAAAAACGAACAGGUUUAUUACAAUAACGAUUAUUAUCAAGAGAAAAAUGAUAAGGAAGUGCUGAACAUACCGAGUUUUGCCCGUCGCUGUUCAAGUUGUGGUUCUUUGGACUGUCCACCGUUUUCUUGUAAGAAGUCUGGCAUCCGUCGUUUGGAGGAGUUGGAGAAACGGUUUAAUUUGUACCAGGAGAUUUCUGGAGACGAAGGGGAUAAGGAUGGGAAGAUGACUGACGAGAUUGUAAGGAAUUGUGAGGAAUAUAAUGAACAGAAAAAGCCGAUGCUCAAAUUUAGUGUGAGUGCAAUAUUGGGCGACCGGGAGGACUGUGCUGCGAAGAAUAGCGCCAGUGGCGACUAUCGCCAGCCAGUGCUGAGCAGUCCCUGGCCCAUUGCGAAGCCGAUAGCGAGCCGCCCCAUCCCGGUACAGCAUCAGCAUCUUCAGCAUUUGCUGGCACACUGCCAUCAUCCUUACUUAGUGCGGCCUGCGCAGGCGCAUACCCAAGUGUUCCCGCUUCCCGGCGGAUUCCCAUGGGCCCACAGUUCGAGAGGAAAGCCACGGCGAGGCAUGAUGAGGAGAGCGGUCUUUUCCGACCUUCAGAGGAAGGGGCUGGAGAAGCGGUUCCAGGUCCAGAAGUACAUCUCCAAGCCCGACAGGAAGAAGCUGGCUGAGAAAUUAGGACUCAAAGACAGUCAGGUAAAAAUUUGGUUCCAAAAUCGCCGGAUGAAAUGGCGGAACUCAAAAGAGCGGGAACUACUUGCAUCGGGAGGCUCCAGGGAGCAGACAUUACCGAACAAAAACAAUCCGCACCCGGACCUCUCUGAUGCUGAAGCAGACAAAUCAAAGCUAUCGCCUCUCUCCCCCAUGAACGAUGACGAAGAAAAAUCCAAGAUGUACGCCACAACGUCCAAUGACAGUUACAGAUUUGAAGACAAAAUGGCGCCGGUUUUUCAACAGUACAAUCAGGAUGAGGACGAAUACGAGAGCGACGCCAGCGCCACAGAUGAGGAAAUUAAUGUGACAUGA